AUGCGUAUUUUAGACGACUUUACGGAUUGUGAAAAUGAUGUUCGAUUGGAUGGAAAAGUAGCCAUAGUCACUGGAGCCACAGAUGGUAUUGGACUAGAAGUUGCCAAGAAUCUAGCAAAACGUGGAGCCAAAGUCAUCAUAGCAAGUCGCAAUCCUGCUAAGUUAUUAAAUACAAAAAAUACCAUCAUCCACAGCUCUGGUAACGAAAAUGUUAUUACAAAGACAAUGGACUUCGAAUCUCUUAAAUCUAUUCGAAGUUUUGCCAGUGACAUCAACACGUUCGAGCCGAGGCUUGACAUAUUGAUCAAUAAUAUCGGAGCUAUCGGACUAGAAGAUCGAUUAACUGCUGACAACUUACACACUAUGAUGCAAGUUAAUUACUUUGGAGCAUUUUUAUUAACUUUUCUUCUUUUUCCACUAAUGAAAACUUCAGCGCCUAGUAGGAUCGUGAAUUUGUCAUCUAUUUCCCUUCUUUUAGGAUAUAUUGACAUUGACCACAUGAAUGAUGUAGGAAGAUACUCCACUCUUGAACUUUACAGCAAUGCUAAAUUAGCGACUGUGUUAUUUACGGUGGAAAUGGAUAAAAGAAUUAAAAAUAGUGGAGUAAACGUAUACAGUAUGGACCCAGGCUUAGGCAAGUCUAAAUUUUUUAGGUAUUAUGAUGAUUCUCCAUUGAAGCAAUUCUUGAACUUUGGACUUUUAUUAGUUGGGAGGCCCUUGGACAGAGUAGCAACAAUGCCCGUCUACUUAGCUGUCGACCCCAGAGUUGAAAAGUCUAGCGGAAAGCAUUUUCGAGACUGUGCUGAAUUUUACAGCACCUGGUUUGCUAACGAUACUGUACUAACUAAGAAGUUAUGGGAAAAAUCUAAGAGGUUAGUAGGCAUAACUCCUGAAGAAGAUUGGGAGAGGUGUGUC